AUGGCACCACCAAGAGCGCUAGAUUUCACUGGCGAUGUUGCUAUUGUCACAGGUAAGCCAAUGAAUCGAUUCAGAAAUAAAACACUGAUUAGUGCGUUCAUAGGCGCUGGAUCACGAAUGGAUGGUGAGAUCGGUAAUGGUCGAGCGACUGCGAUCUUAUUAGCUCGCCACGGGGCCAAGGUGGCCUUGCUCGAUUUUAACGUUGACUGGGCAAAAGAAACGAAACGGAUGAUUGACGAAGAGGGCGGUAUCUCUGAGGUGAUCCAGACGGAUGUGACCCAGGAGGGUUCAUGCAAGGCCGCUGUUGCGAAGACAGUGGAGCUUUUUGGUGCAGUACAUGUUUUGGUCAAUAUUGGUGGUAACCCUAGUUUACUUUAUCCAACUACCAAAGGCGCCAUCAUUCAAAUGACACGGGCUAUGGCAGCACAGCAUGGCCAAGAAAACAUACGAGUCAAUUGUGUCUGUCCGGGUAUGGUUUAUACGCCCAUGACUCGUGGACGUGGGAUGACGGACGAGAUGCGACAGGCUCGUAUCAAUCAGAACUUGAUGAAAAAGGAGGGGACGGGCUGGGAUGUGGGUAACGGUAUGUUUUACAUUUGCUCACUGUUUUCUCCAACUGUUACUGAUUGA